AUGGGCUCAAAGCACCCAAGGGGCAGCACCUCCGCACCUGCGCACGAGGAGGAGCAGCAGGCCCACGUUGACACAGAACAUCACACCGAACCCCCUUCCUUCACAGCAGGGCCGGAGGUGGCAGAGAUGCAGGUGACGGUAACUCCUACCAUGCCGCCGACGUCGAUGGAGCAGGCGUCUAUGACGGUGUCGGGAGAGGGGCCGAGCACGCUUGCGGUUCCAAAGCAGCAACACCUGCGCCACAAGUCCUUCACGAUGACGGAGGUGCAGCAACUGAUUUCCGUAAACCCAGACCGCACGUUGGUGAUCAUUCGCGACAAGGUGUACGAUGUGACCACUUUUCUCGCUUCUCACCCUGGCGGCAAGUCCGCGCUGCGGCGCAACAACGGCAAAGACGUGACGGACGCCUUCUUUAGCAUGCACAGUGCGAUGGCAGUGAGGAAGCUGCCUGAUUUCUUGAUCGGUGAGCUAGCGCCACCCGAGAGUACGUCUGCCGCUGGUGAAGAGACACCAACUGCUGCUCUCGUCCCUGCACGUUUGCGUAUGGCCGACAUCACGAAGGCUCUCAGCGAGGAUCUGAACCGGAUCAUUCUUAUUCUUUUCAGCGAUGCCUAUGACGUGACAUCAAUGCGCGACAAGCACCCUGGGGGCCUAAGCGUACUGGUGAACAACAACGGUCGCGAGUGCGGCGACACUUUUAUGCGCAUUCACGGCCUUCUGGCGAAGGAGAUGGUGAAGCAGUUCUAUCUGGGUCCAGUGGAGGGGCUGGCGCAGGGGAGGUCUCCGCUACGACCAGCGGUCGCGGCUGAGGUAGAAUCCACCGCCAUCACCCCUGCAGGACCCAAGGCUCAGUCCACUCGAAUUUUGGAGAUAGAGUCCGUGAACUCGACCGUCACCAUCCGAUACUUCACCUUUUCAUGCCCCAAGCCACUCUACAUGAUUCCUGGCGGACACAUCAAACUCUACAGCAAUCUGCAUGAGAAAGAGAGCCGCUUCUACACCCCAUUCAAGACGGGCGUGUCGAGCUUCACGAUUUGCAUGAAGCACUACCCCAAUGGCCGCACGUCUGGGUACCUCUUCGACCUAAAAGAAGGCGAUGAGGUCUUCUUUGAUGGUCCUCUUCCUCCCUCCUGGCAGCUCAACACCGAUGCCGCUGUGCAGCGCGCUGCGCCGGAGGAGCGGCACGUGGUGCUCGUUGGUGGCGGAACCGGUAUUGCACCUCUGUACUCCAUGUCCUCCAACGCGCUCGAGACACAAUUCUCCAGCGUCACCCUCGUCUGCUCCGUCCGCACACCAGAUGAUCUUAUCUUGGCAACAGAGCUGCGUCAACUUGCCAACCGCUACUCAACGGCGCUACCGAUUCAGAAGCACACGCUACGUAUUGUGCUUCUCUUUUCCCGCGCGUCACCGCAGGAUAUAUCAGUGGAGUCCACAUCCUUCGCUUCGCACGUGCUCUGCGGCGGGCGCCUCACGGCGGAGUCGUUCAAGGGUACAGAGAUCCACCCUGCGCAAGCGGUUGUUGUGUGCGGUCCUCCAACCUUCAACGAUGCUGUGGCUGCAGCAGUGUUGGAGGCAGGCAUCUGCACUGCCACACAGGUUCACCACCUGUAG